CCGAGACAUCCCCUCCCCGUCGCGUGGACUCGCGAGCCCCAAUUCCCCCCCACCUCGCCGACGUCGCCGUCGCCGCCGUCUUCCUCCGCUUGAUUCCUCCCCUCCCCUCCUCACCCCCCACAGUCCACGGCGCGUCGAAUGCGUGGCCCUCGCCGCCCGUAGCCUACCCCGGCCGGAACGGCGAGCGCAGCUGUCCCGCGGCGCGAGACAGCGACGCCCUUCCUUCCUUCCUCCUCCUCCCCGCACCCGGAUCUCGCAUGCGCUGCACCCUGUGGCGCGAUCUAGCGGCCCCGCACCGCCGGAGGUGGUAGAGGUUUUCCCGGGACUUGGGCGGCUGGGGUGGAGGGCAUGGCGACGGAGGCGUCCACUUCAGCGGCCGCCGGGGCGCGGGGCGGGAGCUGGGUGGAGGGGAUGUCGGCCGACAACAUCAAGGGGCUGGUGCUAGCGCUCUCCUCCAGCCUCUUCAUCGGGGCCAGCUUCAUCGUCAAGAAGAAGGGGCUCAAGAAGGCCGGCGCUUCCGGCGUCCGCGCAGGUGUUGGAGGUUACUCCUACUUGUAUGAACCAUUAUGGUGGGCUGGAAUGAUUACAAUGAUUGUUGGAGAAGUUGCUAACUUUGCAGCAUAUGCCUUUGCUCCUGCUAUCCUGGUCACCCCACUUGGUGCACUAAGCAUCAUCGUUAGUGCUGUUCUUGCGGACAUUAUGUUGAAGGAGAAACUUCACAUAUUUGGUAUACUUGGUUGUGUUCUCUGUGUUGUGGGUUCAACUACAAUUGUACUUCAUGCUCCACAGGAGCGUGAAAUUGAAUCUGUAGCUGAAGUUUGGGAUCUGGCUACUGAACCAGUCUUUUUAUUUUAUGCAGCCAUUGUGCUUGCUGCAACUUUUGUGCUCAUAUUCCGUUUCAUCCCUCAAUAUGGUCAGACACACAUCAUGGUGUAUAUUGGUGUUUGUUCACUUGUAGGGUCUCUGUCGGUCAUGAGUGUGAAAGCUCUUGGAAUAGCCUUGAAACUGACCUUUUCCGGAAUGAACCAACUAAUCUAUCCACAGACAUGGAUGUUCACCAUUGUUGUUGUUGCAUGUAUACUAACUCAGAUGAACUAUCUAAACAAGGCUCUUGAUACAUUCAAUACUGCAGUUGUUUCGCCUAUAUACUAUACAAUGUUUACAUCACUAACCAUUUUGGCUAGUGUGAUAAUGUUCAAGGACUGGGAUCGGCAAAAUCCAACUCAAAUUGUGACAGAAAUGUGUGGUUUUGUUACUAUCCUUUCUGGGACGUUUCUUCUUCACAAGACAAAAGAUAUGGUCGAUGGACUCCCACCAACUCUACCUAUCCGAAUACCAAAACAUGAUGAAGAUGGCUAUGGGGCUGAAGGCAUCCCUCUUAGAUCUGCUGCUGAAGGCCUCCCUCUCAGGUCACCAAGAGCAGCAGAAUGAUUUUGACCAUAGUACUGCAAGCGAGCUCAGCCAUUCUUUCAUUCCAUACAAAUUGUAGAUGUACUUUAGGUCUUAUAAGGUAAAAGUUCGGCUCCCCCUGUAAUUUUUGAGACAUCGGUACAGAGUAUCGGGGAUACAUACCCCCCCCCCCCCCCCCCCCUUAUACAUCUCAAUUCUCAAGAUACCCAAAAUGGGUAAGAAUCAAAAGGUUUUUUGGAUGUAAAUCCCGGGUGAUGGAUGCAUGGCGUUCUCUGGAACUGUUGUAUUCUUUCAAAUGAACAAUUAGAGGUAGGGAAAAAAGCAACUCCAAGAAGAUACCAUUGCUGAUUUCCGUCAA